CUAACCAAUGGCGUUCGCAGUUUGCCAAUCCGCCCAGACAGCCGCCUCGCUUUGUUUGACUUGUUUCUUUCUGCUAACUUGACUCGAGAAGCUCUUGGAGCUUUUUUUUUGCGUUGCCAAAUGCUGUUUAACUAAACUUGACCUUCAGUCGGCGAGUUUUUUUUUUUAGAGCGAUGUAAGGAGCUUCUCCAUGGAAACCGCUAAUUAGCGGCAGCCAGCCACCGCCAGUCCGACUAAUGUUAGCUACAUAGCAGCGCUAGCUCGCUCGUAUUUUUGUUUGUAUUGACCAGAAACAAGUCGGCAAAAAGGAAGAGCUGUUGACUUUUGUCGACAUGACGUCUGCUUCUGCGAAGGUGGGGGAGAUCUUCUCGGCGGCAGGGGCGGCGUUCAGCAAACUGGGCGAGCUGACCAUGCAGCUGCACCCGGUGUCCGACAGCAGCCCCGCAGGGGCCAAAUGGACGGAGACGGAGAUCGAGAUGCUGCGCUUGGCCGUGCGGCGAUUUGGCGACGACCUCAACAGCAUCAGCAGCGUCAUUAAAGAUCGCACCGUCGCUCAGAUCAAGAGCACGGUCAAGAGGAAGUUGUACGAGGACAGCAGGGUGCCGCUCGCCGUCGACUCGCUCAAGAAGAGCGCCAAGAAGCCGCCGCCCCUGCCCCCGCCCCCGAAGAGCGCCGCCUCCCUGGCGCCGCCCAUCAAGAAGCAGAAGACGGCAGACGUGACGCUGAGCGCGCUCAACGACUCGGACGUCAACAGCGACUUGGUGGACAUGGACGGGCUCGGCAAGAAGCUCAACUUCGACCAAGAAAAUCUCAACCUGGACUCCAGCCUCAUCAUCAACCCCGGAGACCUCCCGCUGCUCUCCCGCUGACCGGCCGGUUGUUGGCCGACCUUGACUACGGAGGAGGAGAAGGAGGGCGGGGGCCCCUGAUUCGGACUAGCCACCAAUUGGCAUUCGUGCUCGCUUUGCUCCCAAUAUGUUGA